UCUGUAACAUAUUCUCUUUGGUUCGGGCUGGCGAAUGUGACAUAACGAGAUAACCUUAAAUUCAUACAUUUCCCCGAGAAAAAUAGCAAAUAAAAAUAAUUAAACGAUUUCAAUUAAUAUAAUUUUGAUGCAAUAAAUAAUUUUCCUUAAAAUGUCAUCAUUAUUGCGUUCAACGAAGUUUAUUCGGUAUUUUACUGGUGCAGCAAGAACUUUAAUUUUAAACUCGGCGAAAAGUGCUGAAGCGAAUUUACUUGUUAAUUCUAAAUCAUUAAGUGCAAGUAAUAGUGUCUUGCUAAGAGAUUAUGCAACUUCUAAAAAGAAGGAAAGUCUUGAACCAUUACUACAAAGGUUAGACUCAGAUGUUCGAAGAUUUGGAAGAAUCACAAAAAAAGAUAUUGAUGAAGUAUUUGAUGAGAUAAUUUCAAAAAGCGACAUCACCAGCUCUCAAUCGUUGCUAGUGAUCAGAUGUUGUGGUGAAUUAGUACCAGAAGAACUUCCUGAAGAAAGAACACUAUUGGUACAGAAAAUAUGGAGUGUAUUAACAGAAAGAGGCAUCCCAAUGGACAUAUCACAUUACAAUGCUUUACUUAGGGUUUACAUUGAAAAUGAACAUCCAUUUUCACCAGCAAAAAUACUUGAAGAACUAGAGAACAAAGGACUACAACCAAAUAGGGUAACAUAUCAACGACUUAUGUGGCGGUAUUGUCAAGAAGGAGAUGUUGACGGCGCUACCAAAGUUCUGGAAAAAAUGCGAGAACUUAAUCUUCCCGUGUCUGAACCUGUAUUGAAUGCUUUAGUUAUGGGACAUUCAUUCCAUGGUGAUACUGAUGGUGCCAAAACGGUUUUGGAAACUAUGGCCGCUGCUGGACUACAACCUACUAAUCGUUCAUACACAUUACUAGCUUGUGGAUUUGCAAGGAAAGGGGAUAUACAGGGCAUUAAAGAGGUCAUCAAAACUGCAACUGCAAAGGAUGCCUUUUUGUGUGAUAAGGAUAUUUUAGACAUAAUUGAACAUUUAGCUAUUGGAGGUCAUAAUGACAAAAUAGAUGAACUGUUUCCUCAUCUUCAAAAGAGUCAUGGGUAUAACCAGGAUGUAUACAAUCUUGUGUUAAGAUUAUUAAACAAGGGUCAUGAAGAUUCUGCCAAGAAAAUGAUAAAAACAAUGCCCAAAGUACUCACAACUGAUGAUACACCAUUCAAAUGUGCAUUCUUUGUAAAACAAUUAGUAAAGAUUAAUAAUUCGCCAGACAAUGUUGUAAAGUCGUGCAGAGCACUUCAAGAAGAAGGUUUGGCUCCUAAAGCACUUUAUAUUGCAGCUGAAACGGCAUUCCACUUAAAGAAACCUGAAUUAGCACAAAAGCUUUUAAAAGAGCUGCAAAAAGAUGGAUUAGAGUUACGUCAGCAUUACUUUUGGCCUAUCCUUGCUCAAAAAGGCAAAGAAGGUGAUGAGGAAGGUCUCUUACAGGUGCUUAGAGAUAUGGCGAGAGAGGGUUUAAUUCCCACCGGUGAAGCCCUUAGGGAUUAUGUGAUUCCUUUCCUAAUUGGUAAAGACACUCCUGAGAAUAUAAUUCUUAAGCUGCAAAUUUCAAAUGUACCUCCUGCUCUCAGUGCGAGAAAUGUUAUGAUAGAAGUUUUAGAAACUGGAAAUAUUCAGAAAGCGGCUGAUAUAGCUUUGCAGUAUCGUCCUAAGGGGCAGUACUCGUUAAUUUCUCGACCCUUGAUUCAUGCCCUAAAUAAGACUAAAGACAUUAAAUCAUUUGUAAACAUUUUGCAUGUUAUAAGCCGUCCACAACAAACAAAUGCUGAGGAUGACUCUAUGAUCGAUGAAACACAGAGAGAUGAUGUGAACAGUAGAGAAAUUGGUCGUAUUGUAAAAACAGCAGUGAAAAAUUUAGCGAAUCCUGAAUUAUGUGAACGACUAUUGGAAGAAUUACACUCAAAAGGCCUAACCAUAAGCACAUCCUACGCAGAAGAAAUAGAACAAUAUCUUGGACAAAAUAUGACUACAAAUAUAUCUGAAUUAUUAUCUAAGUUAACUUCUCCAGAUUUGGAAGUCGUCCCUCUCGAAAGUCCGCGUCGCACUGGACCACGAAAUUCCGCACAGCUUGAACAACUGCUGACACGAAUUAAAAGUAAAGAUGGCAAUAAUGUUAAUCGUAUACAAAAGCAACUACUGGAUACAUAUAUUAAGGAAAAUAAUGUCGAAAAAUUGAACAGCUUUUUGGAAGAACUGAAAUCAACAAACUUUGAACUCACAAUACCAACUCUCGCCCAACUAUUUGAAUUUUAUGCUGUGAAUGAUAAUAUUGAUAAAGCCAGAGAAAUUCAAGAUCAGAUCGCUGCAAAAGAUCCAGAAUUUAAACUAAACAAAUAUAAGAUUGUGCAAUUUGCAAAUGCUUUAGUAAAAGCCAAUAAAUAUGAAGAGGCUGUACAAGUUUUGGUAGAUAACAAACAAAUAGAUGAGGAAGAACUAUCAGGGUUCAUGAUAAACUCUAAAUGCUGGCAAAUGUUAAACAACUUGGCUGAGCAAAAAGAUGUUACUAAGGUGAAAGAGUUAACAAAGAUAUUGAUUGAAAACAACUACAUUGUACCUUCAAAUGUAAUACUAGGACCUUCUAUUAAAGUGCAUUUAAUACAGAAUGAUAUAGAAGGUGCAUUGAAAGAGUUUGAGGAAUGUUGCAAGCAAUAUAGAAGUACACCAUGGAAAGGGGAGCUGAUGAAAUCACUUAUAUUAGCGGAAGACGCAACAAAACUACAAUGGUUAGCUGAUCUUAGCACUCAGAUACACGGAGAAGUGAAUAUUUUGCACGAUUUAGUUCUAGCAUUUGUAGAGUGUGGUCGUUUGAGGCAAGCUCGCAGAAUACUGGAGACUCCCGGCAUGCACACACGACAGAAACGAUUGGACGAUGCCUGCCAACGUUACGUACAGGAAGGCAAAUCAGAAUAUUUGGAAGGAUUACUAGAAGCAACAAAAGAGUUGUCGUACAUUGAUCGUUCCAAUAUCUUUUACCAUUUACUUGUAACAUACUGCAAAGCGAAUGAAACUGACAAAGCUUUGGGUCUGUGGACAGUUCUGCAAGAGGAAGGUGAAGUCCCAAGUGAAGAGUUUCUGAAAUACCUUGGUAAACAUUUGAAAUCCCAGAAAAGAGAUGUCCCAUUCAUUAUUCCUGAGGAUCAGACCAAUGAGGUUCCGAUUGAAAAGAAAGUUGUGAAGAAAACAACCUCACAAGUCACCAAAUCUAAAGAAAGCACACAAUUAACCCUGCAGUUAACAAAAAAAGAAGUUAGCAGUAAAGUAGAGAAACUAGUUAAAGAGGGCAAUGCCUCCGCAGCUAUGGACUAUACAAUAAAAUGCAUCCAAAACGGUGUAAUUCCACUAGAUAAUGUAACCAAGUUCAUGCUUAAAUCUUUAUCUGAUGAAGGAAAUGUUGAAAAGAUACAAUUGUUGGACAGUUAUUUGACCAAAUCCAAGAAGCAACAUGUAACAUAUGAUGACAAAUUGGCUCUGGCUAUAUUUAAGAAAGGCGAUGGCCCUCAGUACGUUGAGAGUCUUUAUAACGCUCUCCAAUUGGCUAAUACUGAUGAACAAAUUGAAGAAAUUAUUCAGAAAUUCCCACGAACCAAUGCAUUCUCUUUAGCGGUACAAAAUGAGGAAAUGUCACAAAAAUGCCAAAAACUAGUGCUGUUAGCUGCUUCAAAAGGCCACGUUUUCCCAGCAAACUUAUUGUGGAUGGAAUAUAUUUUAGCGGGCAAUGAUAAGGAUGCAGACUUGAUCUGGAAUCAAGCUUUGAGCUCUGCCAAUGUUAUUGUGUUCAGACGAUUGCUUCAGGAGUGUUACUUCAGAAAUGAUACAAAGCCAAUAGAUAAAGUUAUCAGCGCUCUGAAAACUAACAAGAAUUUGCCGUCAGCGACAUUAGCGAAUGUUUAUUCUAGAUUAAUCGAUAUCCUAGUAAUAAAUAACAAGAUGAAUGAAGCUAAAUCGGCUUAUGAAGAAGCUUUAAGUUUCGGUAUCACAAAGGACGAAAUAAACAAAAAUACUCUUCGAAGGCUUAAUAUUUCGUCGGAAAAUUCUAGCGCUGAAUCUAAAUCGCUGUAGAUUUAUUACUAAAACUAGAUUUCAUCCAUAAUAUCUCUAAAUACUUUUUUCUCAAUUAUAGCUAGUGUUCUU